AUGUUCGUCAACGCGCUCACCCUUCUCGGUCUCAUCACCACCGCAUCCGCCCAUGGCUACCUCAAGUCGAUCUCUGUCAACGGUGGCGCAAACUACCUAGCCUGGCAAGUAGGCCAAGACGACUAUCUGACUCCCGAGCCCAUCCGCUACGCUCGUCGCAUCAAGGAUAAUGGGCCUGUUCCUGAUUUCACUACAAAAGACAUAACUUGCAAUGUUGGUGGUAACCUGCCAGCCAAGGGUGUCAUACCUGUUAUGCCAGGGGACAAAGUCAAACUUCAAUGGGAUCAAUGGGGCUCUUCCCACUCAGGCCCCGUGAUGAACUACCUCGCCUCCUGUGGCACCAACUGCUCAACUUUCAAAGGUGACACCGGAACACCCUGGGUCAAAUUCGAUCAAAUGGGCUACGAUACCACUAAAUCUCCUCCGUGGGGUUCGGAUUUUCUGGCCAAGCAAGGCGCAAGUUGGACUCUGACAAUACCUGCGGGAUUGAAGGCAGGUGAGUACCUACUUAGACACGAGAUUCUGGGACUGCAUGUUGCAGGGACGAGGAUGGGUGCGCAGUUCUACCCUGCGUGUGUUCAAAUCAGCGUAGGCGGAAGUGGGUCAAAGGCGUUGCCGGCUGGAGUUGGCCUACCAGGUGCGUAUGAUCCAGAUGACAAGGAGGGAGUGCUUGUGCAGCUUUGGCAGGUGCAGGCCGGGCAAAGGGGAUAUACACCACCUGGUGGACCUGUCAAGACUAUUUAG